AUGACCAAGAGCGACGGGGAUGAAAAAUGGAGCAUGCAACGAACAUUGUGCUUCGAUUACACGCCACGACAUACGAGCAUACUUCUGACUUGUUCAUCACUCAUUUGCCCUUUCCCAGCGAGGAAUGCCCUCGAAAUCAUCGCGUUGAUUUUUCGGGGAGCCCGUAUUUUGUAG